CGCAGCGACGGCAAAGUACAUGCGAUGACACCCACCAGUAGUAGAUAAUGAGCUGAUUUCCAACCCUUUUCGAUUGUUCAGAGUAACCUCCAUCUCUUCAGUUCAAAAAUAGAAAAAUUGCCAUAAAUACUCUUUCGAUUGAAAACCCACGGCUCUGUCAAGUAUAUCCCUAAUUUCCAUCGAUAAGAUGGUUCAACCUCAGCUAGUACAGGGGAAGAUUUACAGUUUCGUUCCCGACUCAGAGCUCAAUCAUUUGGGCAUAACUCUCGAUGACAACGUUGCAAAGAUUGUGCGUAAGCACAUGGUUAUCUGUCUCGGUAUUGUGCGUGGUAGACCGAACCAUGUAAAAGUAAUGACGAUUACAUCUACCGUCAAAGACGGUCACGAAUACGUGCCUAUUGCUCCCACGCCCAAAAAACCUUAUCCGAUACAAAUUCAACUCCGCAACAGCUCGGGCUAUUCUUGUGGACAGUGGGUACGGCAAUUCACUACACUGCAUCUAGACUCGUAUCUCAAAAUCGAUGCGUGCUACGAGGUUCCCAUCCAAGCUCUUGAGCAGGUUCUUGAUUGCUACGGAAAUCCAUUGUCUAUUCGACCUGGACGGGGCGCGGGAGGACUGCCACAACUAAACGAUUAUAUUAGACGUCGUGAUAGUAUCCGCGAGAUAAAAAAGACAUAUCGUGAGAUGGAGAAGCAAGAUGAAUUAUUUGAAGCGAUGGAAAAUCUAACUUUGAGCGAUGGCUAAAAAGCGUUACAAAAGUCUGACCUUCCAAUCCAUCACUAUGUCUACGAAAACUCGUUAGAUAUGGUUUCAUAUCAUAGGAUACCACAGAGUACCUAUCCACGGAUAUGUAUCUGCUCGACAAACUGAACAGAUAGUUCGCCUUAGGAUCCUGUAUGAGGACCCCAUAGGUGUGAGCAAGACGUCUCUAGAUUGUCUAGUAUUGCUUGCUUGGCUAUGCAGAUGAGGCUUGCAUGGUCCGAUUGGAGGAUUCGAACGUAUGGGUACGUGGUAUGAGAGGAGAAUGGAGAGGAGGGGAAAUAAGAGGGGUUAUUCAAAACAGUACUACAUUCGUUUAAUGGGUUUAAAAAAAGUUGGCUUCUUACUGAACACUGAUACACUCAUUCGUGGACGCGACAAUGCUCUUUGAUUGGUGUGAGAGAGAUGCAAUUGUUACCUUUAAUGUUUUGGAUGUGGGAAGGAUUUCUAGUUUAAGAUAUUCACUAUCACUAUUCAUUUUGA